AAGAUGGCGGCUCCCACAUGUAAACAUGCGACUGGAUUCGGUAGCUUUUGCCAUUCGGGAUAAACCGUCAUCUGACCGCUCUACGUGCCUCUGAUUUGUAGUUUGACUUUAAUUCAAAGUGCGGUUCACUUGUCGGAGUCGUGCGGAGGUCGAGGGCGGAGAGAGAAGGGAGAGUUUAGCGCCAUGGCAUCGCCGACCGUCUUCGUCGGUUCUCUUCCAGCUUCGGCUUCAAAUGAACGGCUGGAGGAAAUAUUUUCAGAGAUCGGUCCCGUGAAGCAGUGCUUCGUCGUUAAAAAGAAAGGCGCUGAAAAAUGUCAGGGCUACGGGUUUGUCACCUUCUCCAUGUUGGAAGAUGCCCAGCGAGCUUUGAAAGAAGUCAAAGAUUAUGAUGGACAUAAGCUGUUUUUGUCUGUGGCGAAGAAGAAGAUGAGAGACAAGAAGAAGAAAGCAGCAGGAGAAGAGUCCGGUGAAGCUCCAGAAGACAGCGAGCAGAAACCCAAAGCCAGCAGGAAGAAAGCAGUGAAAGCCAGGUUAAUCAUCAGGAACCUCAGUUUUAAGUGCACAGAAGAUGAGCUCAAAGAAAUAUUUGGCAAGUUUGGAACUGUUGUUGAUGCCUACAUUCCUCUUAAACCAGAUGGAAAGAUGCGUGGAUUCGGUUUCGUCCUGUUUAAAACUGUAUCUGGUGCUGCAAAAGCACUCAGCGAAAUGAACCUGAAGGAGAUUAAAGGUCGUCAGGUUGCGGUCGACUGGGCUGUAACGAAAGAGAAGUAUGUCGCUACGCAGCAACCUUCAACUUCAGACAAAAAUAAAACAGAGGAGACCACUGCAAAGUCCAAAAGUGACUCUGGAGAUGAUGAUGAUGGUAAUGACGAUGAUGAUAAUGAUGAUAAUGACGAUAGUGAUGAUGAUGAUGGAGAAGACGGGGAACAAAAGACCCAAGCAACAUCUGAGAAGAAAAAGGUCAGUUUGAAACCAGCUGUGAAGCAGGACGAAGAAUCAUCAGAGGAUGAAGAUGAUGGCAUGGAAGAAGAUAGCGAGGAGGAGGAAGAUGAUGAGGGAAAGGAGAAAGAUGAUGAUGAUGAUGAGAGUGACUUUGAUGCAAAUGAUGAUGAAGAUGACAGUGAGGAAGAGGACGGAAAUGAUGAAGAUGAAUCAGCUCAGAAGAAAACUGUGAAGAAGCAGCUUCCUUCAGAUGUGAAGGAGGGAAGAACAGUUUUCAUCAGGAACCUCUCCUUUGACACAGAGGAGGAGGGUCUCGAGGAGGUCCUCCUGCGAUUUGGAGAACUGAACUACAUCAAGAUUGUUCUCCAUCCAGACACAGAUCAUUCAAAAGGUUGUGCGUUUGCCCAGUUUAAGACUAAAGAGGCAGCUGAUAGCUGCAUAGCUGCAGCUCAAGAUGCAGCAGAGAACGGCGGCGUCCGUGCUGAUGGCAGGAAGCUGCUGAUUGUUGCAGCGGUGAGCAGAGACGAUGCCGUCAAGCUGAAAGUUAAUAAAACCAAAGUAGAAACGGGCAGCAGGAACCUCUACCUGGCCAGAGAAGGACUGAUCCGUGCUGGAACCAAGGCUGCAGAGGGCGUUUCUGAGGCCGACAUGAUCAAAAGAACCAGAUUCGAAGAAGUGAAAAGGACCAAACUUCGGGACCUAAACGUGUUUGUGUCAAAGACUCGUCUGUGCAUCCACAACCUGCCCAAGUCUGUCGACAGCAAGAAACUCCGAACGCUCUGCCUUCAAGCUUUUAAAGGGGUGAAGGGAGUCCGCAUAUCAGAGUGUCGGGUCAUGUACGACAAGAAGCCCGAGAAAGGUCAGGUCAUGGGCCAGUCGCUGGGCUACGCCUUCGCUCAGUUCGGGGACCAUGAACACGCUCUCGCCGUGCUUCGCCACCUCAACAACAAUCCCGACAUCUUCGGGCCCCAUAAGAGACCCAUAGUUGAGUUCUCGCUGGAGGAUUUAAGGAAACUCAAAGUAAAAGAAAUGCGACAGAACAGAAACAAGGAGAUGGCCAGAAAUCCACAAUUUAAAGGAGGACAAAAGCCCGAUGGCCAGAAAUUUGGAGCUGGAAAAGGAUCAACGCAGGGAGGAAAUAAAGCACAGUCUUCUCCACAGCAGGCUGGAAGGCAGAAAGGAGCACCUGUUCAUUCAGGACCUCAGAGGAAACGUGGAGGUUAUUCCGGCUUCCACACCAACCCCGAGGUCGAGCACGUAGAUUUGGAAAAUGGGAAAAAACGACGAAAAGUCUUGCCUCUGCCUUCUCAUCGGGGACCUAAGAUCAGAAUGCGCGACAAAGGCAAGCAGCAGGCCGCGCCGCCCAAGAAAGGAAGACCUGGACCCAACAGGAACCAGCGUCAGAGGCGACAGAUGGGAAAACCCACACACUUCAGAAAUCAGGCGGUCAAGACGCCUAAGAAGCAAUUCAAGAAGCGGGAGGGAGACCGCUUUGACAGCCUGGUGGAGAAGUACAAGAGCAAACUGAUGGGCGGCAGCAAAGACUUCGCUGCCAAGAGAAACAAAUGGUUUGAUAACUAAUGCUGGUAUUGAGUGAGUGUGUGUGAGUGAGAGAGACAGAAUUGUGGUUCUGUAAAGUUGAGACCACAAGGUUUUCAAUGAACAUUUUAAUUUCACAUCAGUUUUGUGUCACAGUGUACAGUAAAUGAGCGAAACUUCA